CAACCAGUUAUACACCUGUCAAGACCAAACUUGCGCCAAGUCCACCGCGCAACAGUUUGUUUAUCUUUAUCAGCACCGUAAUAAGUUUUUCCUUCCCAAUUUAACAAAAACCGUCUCAGCCAGUUUUAGAAGCCCUAAUUGUGCUAAUUUUAUAAUCACCCUGCAAACUUGUUUUUUGUGAAGUGUCAUAACCUCAAAAUGGCUUCAAUUUUCACGACGAGCGACUCCCAAGCUGUAACCAACCUGGACAUCCGGAAAAUCCGCCAAAAUCCGUUAGCCGUGAUGAUUAACGACUACACGCUCCAAAGCGGCGUGGUUUACAAGAACAAGGAAGUCCUAGAAAACCCCACUUACUGGCACAAGUUUAUAGUGAAUAACGCCGAAGACUUUAGCAAGGAGUUGAUCUUGAAAACCAUCCUCGACCACGUCCAACCCCUGGAUUUGAUUCCAAUCUACUUUGUCAAGGAUGGGAAUGUCGCGUCGUUUCUGGCGCGGAAUUGUGGGGCCGCGAUUGAAAAAAUCGGCCGAGAUAACCUGAUUAUCGAUAAUCCUUAUGUCAAGAACCAGCCUUUCAAGCUCAAUAUUAUUUUGCGCUUUUCGACCACGAACGACGUGAAAAUUGACGUUUCCAAGAACAUUUCCAAGGUUUUGCGCAGGAGGACUAACACCGCUACGGCGACGGUGAAUUUGGAGAAUUUUUACCAAGAUCCGGACUUGACUGAGUUCUGUGUGUUGUCUCAACCAAAGCUGAUGUCCUAUGUGUUGCACUUGUCAAGGCUGUCUAAACCAAAGUCGCUUAUUUUGAGUAAUAACGAAAUCAGGAGUUUGGUUCCCAUGGAGGCUUUGUGGGGGGUGAACGUGACUAGUUUGGACCUAAGAAACAAUUUGAUUAUGAGUUUGACUGAACUUGAGCCGUUGACUCAGCUAAAAAUAACUGAGUUGUGGUUGGAAGGGAACCCUCUGUGCGACAAUUACGACGAACAUACUUAUAUUCAAAGAAUUAAGGAAUAUUGUCCUAAAAUUGAGAGACUUGAUGGAAUUUUACUAAAACAGAACGGGUUUCCAUCAUUUAGAAGAAACUUCUUGUGUGAUAGUUCUGGUCACGAUUUAGUUGACCAGUUUUUGGAGUACUAUUUUACUUCUUAUGAUUCCAAUAAUCGAGCGAUGUUGACGUCUUUAUACCACCCCAACGCCCUCUUUUCGUUGACGGCGGAAUAUCAAUCGAUGCAGUUAUCUUCCGCGACUGCGCAACUUAAGCGCUACAAAACUCACUCCAGAAACUUAUUAUCUUUAGCAGACUUAUCUCGGAGCGAAUUAAAUUUACAACAAGGAAAUAAAGCCAUUAUAGACCUGUUAAACUUGUUACCCACUUCCGAGCACGACCCGUAUUCAUUCACGGUGGACCUCACCCAUUUUUCAGACGUCUGCGCCAUAAUCGUGGUCACUGGCGUCUUCAAGGAGCUGCCGGAGACCAUCCUCGACGUGGAGCGCGUCAUGGGCUUCAACCGCUGCUUCGUCCUUGAGUGCAUCAACGGCGAGUACUGCAUCAUCAACGAGCAGCUGCACGUCUUCAACGCGUUGACCUCCCAACAAGUCAAAGCUUUCAAGCACGAGCGGCCAAUCCGGCCGCAGAUGUUACCCCCGGCUCAAACCUCCAAGCAGAAGAACCAGAUGAUCACCGCUAUGAAGCUCAUCACCAACUUGACGACGGAGUGGGCGAAAAAGUGUUUAGAGGAGUGCCACUACGACCUGAAAAACGCGAUAGCCCUCUUCGUGGACCUCUACAAAGUGGAUAAAAUUCCAGCUGAUGGGUUUCAGAGUUAAUUUCAUUUAGUGUUUAUUUUAGUGUGUAUUUUUUAUUGAAAUAAAGUUAUAAGUUGGA